AUGGGUCACCAGCAGCUCUACUGGGGUCACCUGCGGAAGUUCGGCCAGGGAUCCUGCUCCUGCUGCGGCUGCUCAAACCACCAUGGUCUGAUCCGGAAAUACUGGCUAAACAUGUGCCGCCAGUGUUUCCGGCAGUACGCGAAGGACAUCGGCUUCAUUAAGUUGGACUAAGCAACCUUGAAUGGAUUCUUCUAGACUCUACCCAGUGGAAAAGAUGAAUGUCAGUCUUUGUACAUAAGAAUAAAACAAAGUGAAGACCUUC